AUGAGUUGGAACAUUUGUUUUGAUGAAGCCGUUAAAGGUUAUGGUUUUAGCCAAAAUGAAAAUGAACCUUGUUUAUACAAGAAAAACAGUGGGAGCGCAGUCGUAUUCCUUGUACUAUAUGUAGAUGACAUAUUAAUAUUUGGAAACGACAUAGGCAUGUUGACCUCUGUGAAACUAUGGUUAUCAAAGACCUUCUCAAUGAAGGAUAUGGGAAAUGCAUCUUACAUACUAGGUAUCAAGAUCUAUAGGGAUAGAUCGAGAAAACUAAUUGGAUUAUCUCAAUCCCUGUAUGUGGAUAAGGUGCUCAGGAGAUUCCAAAUGGAACAUUCAAAGAAGGGUUUUCUACCAGUCAGACAUGGUAUUCACCUGUCUAAGAGCAUGAGCCCUAAAACCUCAGAAGCAGCUAUACAGAUGAGCAAGAUCCCAUAUGCCUACGUGAUUGGGAGCCUAAUGUAUGCCAUGUUGUGUACGAGGCCUGAUAUCAAUUAUGCUGUGAGCAUCACAAGCAGAUAUCAAUCAAACAUAGGAUCAGAACACUGGAGUGCUGUAAAGACUAUGUUAAAGUACCUUAGAAGGACCAAGGAUAUGUUCCAAGUCUAUGGAGGAAACCCAGAAUUACUGGUGGAAGGAUAUACAGACUCAAAUUUCGAAUUUGAUGUUGAUGAUCAGAAAUCCACUUUUGGAUAUGUGUUCACAUUGAAUGGAGGGCAAUCAAUUGGAGAUGUUACAAGCAGAGGACCACUGCGGCCUCCAGAACUGAAGUAG